AUGAACCCUCCCGCAAAAAGAAGCGAAACAAACCCCAAACCCAAAAACAAACAUAUCUUCGACCCCUGGAACUCCUCAUCAACAGGCCACCAACGCGCCGAAAACCCGUAUUCGAGGACGACGGACUGGCGUGAUACGAGAAGAGACAAAUUGGCUAGACAGUUUCGCUUUGCUUCUAACAAUGGAGAUGAUGGAUCGUUGAUGAGGGAUGGGGGAGGGAGUUAUAUGACUGAAACCAAAGCUGAUGGAGGAGGAGGGGGAGGAGAAGGGGAAUGGAAAUGGAUGUCAGCGCAGGAAGCGAAGAGGAAUGAAUUACGUGUGAGGGAUAUAAGGCGAUAUAUGGGUGGGAUAUCGAAACCACCACUACAGCCCUUAAUGACUACAACGACAACGACAACGACAAAAGAAAAACUCAUUCUUGAGCCUGACGAGUCAGACCCUAAGAACAGGAAAGUGAGAGAGGAGAAAGGAAUAUUCACCCAUCUAACAUUCUACAUCAACGGAUCCACAUAUCCUACAAUAUCAGACCAUAAGCUCAAACAUCUCCUCGCCGAGGAAGGGGGGAAUAUCUCUUUAUAUCUUGCUCGAAAGUCAGUUACACAUGUUAUUCUAGGCUCGUCUGCUACCAGCAAUAUGUCUAGUGCUGGUACUGCCGGAAGGAAAACUGGCAGAUUACUAGCAUCAUCAAAACUGCAAAAGGAGAUUGUAGCAAAAACGAGCGGGUUUGGGAGGGGGGUAAAGUACGUUAAUGUUGAAUGGGUUAUUGAGAGUAUCAAAGCGGGGAAGAAGUUACCUGAAGCUAGGUUUUCGCCAUCUACAUUUUCAUCUAUGAGUAGACUAGGAAAUUUUACUCGAGUGGGAGUACCGGCUGGACAGAAGAGUGUGUAUGAUACGUUUAACAGGUCUACUACUACGACUAAAUCUAUGGAUGAGAUGAGUUGA